GUGCUGCAGACCGUCGUGUCGUCUCCGUCCCGUCGUCUGGUCUCUCUGAGUCAGUCAGUCAGAGAGCACGACGGGGGAGGAGGCCGCUACCGCUGCGCUCUGUCGUGACGCGUUCAUUCACUCGGGUGCGGAUACUCGCUCCCGCAUCCACGCAGUGCAUCGCCGUGCAAUUCUGCCGACAUGUCGGAGCCGCAGGGCAAAAGGAGAACGGUCCGGGUGUGGUGCGACGGCUGCUAUGACAUGGUCCACUUUGGCCAUGCCAACUCACUGCGUCAAGCAAAAGCGCUAGGAGAUUACUUAAUUGUUGGGGUACACACCGAUGAAGAAAUUUCAAAACACAAAGGACCCCCUGUCUUCAGUCAAGAAGAAAGAUACAAGAUGGUGCGAGGAAUCAAAUGGGUUGAUGAGGUAGUCGAAGGAGCCCCGUACGUCACAACUCUUGAGACACUUGAUCGCUAUGGUUGUGACUUCUGUGUUCAUGGUGAUGAUAUUACCAUGACCGCAGAUGGGGUUGACACAUACCAUUUGGUUAAAGCUGCAGGCCGCUACAAGGAGGUGUCAAGAACAGCCGGUGUUUCAACUACAGAUGUGGUUGGCCGAAUGCUACUCUUGACCAGAGAACAUUUCCGUCAAGGUGAACGUGAAUAUGAAGUAAGCCGUGAGUCAUCAUCUACAAUGGGUAUGGACUCAACAGCCCGAAGUCCGUGGACAGGAUGCUCUCAAUUUUUACCCACCACUUCAAAAAUAAUCAAUUUUAGUAAUGGCAAAGAACCCCAGCCAACUGACAGAAUUGUCUAUGUGGCUGGAGCAUUUGAUGUUUUCCAUGUGGGACACCUUGACUUUUUAGAACAAGCACGAAAACAUGGAGAUUUCCUUAUUGUUGGUCUCCACACAGAUCCAGUUGUUAAUAGGUAUAAGGGUAGUAACUAUCCUAUUAUGAACCUCCAUGAACGAGUUCUUAGUGUCCUCGCAUGCAAGUAUGUUUCAGAGGUUGUUAUUGGCGCCCCAUAUGCUGUAACUCAGGAUCUCAUGGAACAUUUUAAAGUUAAUGUAGUUUGCCAUGGCAAAACUCACAUCCCAGCAGACAUGGAUGGCAGUGAUCCUUACAUUGAGCCUAAAAAGAGGGGCAAAUUUAUUAUUGUUGAUUCCAAGAAUGAUAUGACUACAGAGAAAAUAGUCGACAGAAUUAUAAUGCAUCGCCUUGAAUAUGAAGAGAGGAACAAGAAAAAGGAAAAAAAGGAGCUUGCCGCGUUUGAGGCUCAUAAAAAAAGUAUACAAAGUAAUACACCUUGCAAAAAUCACAUCAGUAAUACCAGUCUGAACAACACUAUGGGAAGUUCUCAACCUACAAACGUUUCAAACUAGUUUUUUUCCCCAUUGUCAUAUUCCUGUAUAUCUUGUCUCUUAAAGGCCAAGGAGAAGAUAUUCUAUUUUAUGAACGUGUUUGCAUAAAAUUGUUCAAUCAACUGCUCACCCAAUUUUGUAAAAUGCGAAUACCUACAUUUAUAUGUUCUAUUGUUUUAAAUUAUGGCUACCUAAGUUUGGAUCAUUCCAUAAUAGUGGUUUUGCAAUGAAAUUUAUUCUGGUAGUUGUAGCUCCAUUUUCUUUUUGUUUUUUGGCAAUUGUUUAAUUGGUCUUUUCCAGACAUUGACUUCUUUUUAUAAUUUAUAUGUUCCUUUUUUUAAGUGUUAUUUGUCUAUCAGAGACGCUUUAGGCUAUAUGUCAUUGUAAUUAGUAUUUCAAAAUUAGACAAUUACCUGGGCUUGGAAAGGGAUAGUUUUGGAGAAUGGAUUUGUCUUCCAGAUCAAUUAUGAUGUUAGGAAUGGUCAUGGUUUUGCAAGUAGAUACACCCUUGUCCAACCAGAAAUCAUUACCUGUCUCAACUUCUUCCAUUGUGAUAUGGUUAGUUAAAUGGAAACCUGUAGCCUUUGGCAAGUCAUUUUAAAGCCCAAUCAAUUUCUUUUACAAGUUUGAUCUUGUUGAUUUCCAUGUUUUGUUCAAUGAAUGUAAUUUUACUGCUCUUCCUGCCGGACAAUGCUUCUACUUCUUUAUUAUUGAGAUGUUGGAUGCAGUUUAUUUAUGCUUCCAUUAAAUUUAAAACUAUGAUUGUUGCUGAUUGAACUUUUAUCUUUUUAUAGGUUUGGAGAUGUUCAGUGUGCAAAGUUAUUCUAGUUUUACCAAUAUUAUUAUUUUGUAAUGUGAUUGACUUAAUUAAUUUCCAAUUUAAAUUAAUAUUUAAAAUGUUUGACUUUGUUCAGUUGACACUUUACAACAUGUACGUUUAGAAAACCCAACUAUGUGCUUUUAAAUAAUCAUAGAAUUGGAGGACAUUCCUUCCAAUUGAAAGAUUGAAAGUCUAUUGUACUUUUGUGAUGGUGGUUGCUGUGGAUGUGUUUUAUUUUUUUAAGGAAGCUUGUGUAGUGCCAUUUUCAAUAUUUUCCUUAUUAGUAGUUGUCUCCCAUCAUAUAUGGGAAAUUUUCUGUUUAAUGCACAACCCUGUGAUUUAGACACACAUUUUUAGGAUGUGCGUCAAAUGCAAUAGUGUGUUCCUGUUGUCAUAACUCUGGACUGUGUUUUUGGUCUGGUAGUUAGACAACAUUUAGCUGAAAUGGCUCUUCCUUCCCGUCUGUGUCGUACAUGUUAUUUCAAACAUUUUCUUAUGCUUAUUAGAUUAAAAAGCGUAGACUAGUCCUGCAACUUUCUUCCUCCGUGGCCUUUCUGCUUUUCAAAGUUUCCAAGAAAUCAAAAAAAGUGAAAGCAUUAUUGAUGCCUUCAUUGCUUUUGUCACUUCGUAACUUAGGAAUACUAGUUGUGUGGGUUGCGUUAGGUACUGACUGCCCUAAAGUGGUGCUAGACUAAAUAAGCAACUUAUUUUGAACUAGCCGUUUUAUCAUAUUUGUCUCUUGACUAUCACCUUUAUAGAUUGAUUUUAUCACUUUACUAUGGAUUCUUAAUCCAUUGAUCAUAUAGUGCUUCAAGUUAAGGUCUUCCACUUAUCUCCUUAGGGACUGUGUAAUAAUCACUUGCAAUUGCAUUAAAAUCCUUGUACACCUUUAGUAUUCUGGGUCUAUCAACCAUUUUGAUCUAUAAUUUACCCAUACUUUAAAACUGGAAUGUCUAAUUAUUUUUUGGUCUCUUAAAAAUUUACUUGUAAAGCUGCCUUUUAACAGAUUACGUGUUUUUCCAUGCAAUAUAUUUCUCUUAAUUAUAGUGUGGUUACACUUCUCUAUAAGUAAACAUCAUUUGUAGUCUGCACUUUUCUAAGGCAUUUGUACUGAACAAUAAGCUAGAACUUUUUUAUGCUGCUCUCUAAGUAUAUGUUAAGUACCCACCCACAGAAAAGUAUUAGUUGAUACAAUACUAUUUUGCAAUGUUUGGAGUUGAUUUAAUCUUGUGGAUUUUCUUGCUUAAAUGAAAUAAUUACAAAAGUCAGACUUGAAUUUUUCGCUGUCAGUCCUCUACAUUUCCGUGUGUAUUGUACUUGUGACUCAGCUUGUAAUUUUGAAAAAAAAAUCCUCUUUUGUUUGUUUUUCUUUCUUUUUGGUUUCAAUGUGUUUUAAAAUCUUACUCUCAAUUAUUCUCCAGACACUACCUUUUACAUAUCCCUAUAAAAUAAUUACUCUGAGUCCGACGUUGGAAUAAAAUGAGGCAUUUUAAUAUUUUACUUAAAUACUACUGUGUUUUGUUCUAUGCCCUAAAUGUGUUUACUAUAUCUCCUAACACUGCCGGUGUCUCUUAACCAGGAGUACUUUCAAAGUUAAUGUGGUAGAGCCGUUAAAUGAAUGAACCUCCAUGUUACAUUUCUCUAUGGCUUGCAUCAUAAUUGCCAUUUUACUGUGGCUCAACCAUGUUCUCAUUGCAAAAUUGUUUUAUGUAGGUUUUAAAACAUUCCAUGCAAUAUUUGGGAAGUACUGUUAUACUUUUCUGGCUCAUGGAACAUUGAAAGAACAAUAUUCAUUGUUUGUGGAACAGGCAAAAAUUAGGUCAUACCAUUGUCACAUGUUGUCAAUGUAGUAAAAGUUAGUGUUUAUAGGGUCAUUGAUGACAUGUCAGUCUUUCACACAGGAUUACCUCAGUUUAUUCUUUCAUUUCUUGCUAUACAUCAAGUAGUACUGAGUGAUUGAACGAGAAGGUUUAGAGUAUUGUGUGGAAUUUUUGCUGUGAUUGUUGUUCGAAAUUUCUCAUUGACUUGUCAAUCGUCAUGUACAUCAAAACUUUACAUGUAAAUUUUUACGAAUGACUGAUCAUAAUCCUCUGCUAUCUACACACUUUAUGGUUAACCUUUGAGCAUUAGACAUUAGGUUCAAGUUUAAAAGAUAAAAAAUCUUUCUUUUGUUGUUUAGUAUUCAUUUUAUGUUUAUGUUCCAUGGUACCUUCUUUAUUUCUUGGUCUGUUGCCUAGUCAUGUCGCCAUCUAUAGGCUGUAAUAUAUUGGGACCUGAUUUCAUUCACAUUGUUGUACUUUAUCACCUAAUGUGAAUUGUAAAUGGACCAAUUGAAAUAGUUUUAAAAAAAAUCCCACCAACUCAUAAUUAGUUUUCUUUGUUCAGUUUGUUUGUUAUGUAUGUAAAGGGAAUAGAACUAUAAAUAAAUGUCCUUGUGCUGUUUUUGAA